AUGUCUGAGCCAGCCACGAAUAACUUUUGCAAAACGCUCAAUGUAGCUGCUGACCUUCUUUUUACGGAGAUGACGAAGCAUUACAACUUUCUAGAGGACUUGUCCAGGAACAAUGCGCUCCUCAUCUAUGAUGACACCGAGACGAGAUACGCUGAAGUUUUCCAGGGUUAUUCUGCCGACCGUGUCUGGAGUCCAGUUCUUUUGAGUCGUGAUAGUUCCGUUAAAAAUCCUCUGAAGGACUGGGUGCGCUUUCCGAUGACUCAAGGGUAUGUUCUUCUUUGUAACCCGGCUGGCAAGCUCUUCGUGAGCCAAGUAGGAGUUCUAGCGGGUCCGAUUAUUGCUUGCAGCUUCUGCAAGCACAACAACGGAUGGAAGACGGGCAGCCACUAA